AACUAAAAAUUACAUUUCUAGAUAUGACUAGAAAUUUUGAUGAUAUGUUUAAUGAGGCUUUGUAUGGCAAAAGAAGACGACAAGAUAACACACUCAUAGAUAAUUGGAUCGAUGAGUAUUUACUCGAAGAUUCAGAAGAAGAAGAUAUCGAUAGAAGCUCUAUCCCAAUUACUCGUAGAUGGAUCAACAGAGAUCGAGAAGCAGGACAUGAUCGCCUUUUCCAAGAUUACUUUGCAGAUGAUCCGGUGUAUAAUGCUGACAUUUUUCAACGGAGAUUUCGAAUGAGAAGACAUGUGUUCCUUCGGAUAGUAGACGCUCUCUCAAACGUCUAUCCUUAUUUCCAACAGAGGGUUGAUGCAAUUGGAAGAAGAGGCUUGUCGCCACUGCAGAAAUGUACCGCUGCGAUACGGAUGUUAGCAUAUGGCGUAGCAGCUGAUGCUGUUGAUGAUUAUGUGCGCAUAGGCGAGAGCACUACAAUUGAAUGCUUGGAAAAAUUUGUUGAAGGUGUCAUUUCGGUGUUUGAGGAUGAAUACUUGCGAAAACCAAAUCCAAAUGACGUACAAUGCCUACUACAAAUGGCAGAGGGUCGUGGCUUCCCUGGCAUGUUGGGUAGCAUUGACUGCAUGCAUUGGCAAUGGAAAAAUUGUCCAAAAGCGUGGAAAGGUAUGUACAUGAGUGGUUAUCGUGGGGUUGCAACUAUAGUACUUGAGGUUGUAGCAUCUUCAGACCUUUGGAUAUGGCAUGCGUUCUUUGGAGUUUCUGGUUCAAAUAACGAUAUCAACGUGUUAGAUCGUUCUCCAGUGUUUGAUGACAUUCUAAAUGAUCGUGCUCCGGAGGUAAAUUAUACUAUUAAUGGUAAUAAUUAUACAAUGAAAUACUACUUAGCAGAUGGUAUUUAUCCUGAAUGGGCCACAUUUGUCAAAUCAAUCUCAAAGCCACAAGGGGAGAAACGCAAGUUAUUUGCACAAUACCAAGAAGGAAAAAAAGAUGUAGAAUGAGCAUUCGGAGUGUUGCAAGCACGCUUUGCAAUUAUACGUGGUCCAGCUCGUUUUUGGGAAAAGAAGAAGCUUGCCAACAUAAUGAGAGCUUGUAUUAUAUUGCAUAAUAUGAUUGUUGAGGAUGAAAGAGACACUUAUGCAGGAAAUUUUGCUCAAGGAUUAGAGUAUGAUGAUGUUGAAAAUGGCUUAUCACAACCUCAGCUGGGAGAAGAAGAUUUUGCACCAUACCAUCAAUUUCUCCAAAGAAAUGCCCAACUUCGAAAUAGGCAGCAGCAUAGACAAUUGAAAGAGGACUUGAUUGAACACAUAUGACAAUUUCACAAUGCUUGUCGUCA